AUGCCAGACAAAAACAACUCAUUGAGGCAGGAGAGGAGAAUGCAGGCGAUACACGAGCUGUUUGAGUCCGAGUCGCACUACGUAUACGACCUGGUUUUGUGGACAAGGACCAUAAAACACUUGGUGGUUAAUACAACCACGCUCGAUGUGUACAGCAAGCAGCUGUUUUUGUCCAAUGUUAUAGGAAACUUAGAUUCGAUAUUCGAGAUGCAUGAUGCAAUUCUAAUACACUUUAUGAGAUCUCUGAAGAUAUCCAGGAACACCCCAAAGGACGUGUUUUUGCGGCUUUCUGUGUCUGCCUCCGACCUCAGCAACACGCUUCACGCAUACAUGGCCAGAAAAGAUGUGAUGGCAAGCGCAUAUGCAGAGUAUGCCAGCAAAAUCCCGCAGGCCACAAAAACCAUGAACAUGCUUAUGGAGAACAACCCGGAGUUUGAGGCAGAAAUAAUGGACGUGCUCCACCGAAUAAACAGGCUGCAUCUUGGGUGCUCGCACUUUAUUCUGCGGCCAAUGCAAAAGAUUGCUAGAUACCCGCUGCUUCUUCGGGCGAUAUUAAAGUAUGCUUUGCCGGAGGAGGAGAGCGCGCUGUCGAUAUCCAUAGCACAGAUAGAGAAGGCAAACAACAAGGUGAACCAGAAUGUGCAGUACUCCACCGAGUACUUUACGCUGUACCAUCUCUCGCACGAGCUGAAAUACAAGGAGAGGCCAGAGUUUUCCAUUGGGAUGAUGCAAAAGGACAGGAAGCUGAUACGGAUGGAAGAGGAGAUGACAAUAAUAACCCCGGAAGGCCGCAAGUCGGUUUCAAUGGUUAUACUGGACAAUGCGAUGUUUUUUGUGGAGUGCAUGAUCACUGUGAGAGGCAUGCACAAAAGAACGCAGAAGACGCUGUUUGACCACUACAUGGAGCCGUCUACAAUCAGCGUGCGGCGCAUGGAGAGCACAGGCAAAGAAGAAACGCAGCUGGAGGUCUCUUCGGAGGGCAGGACAUAUUUUAUCGAGUGCAAGGAGUGGGAAGGCGAAGAGCUGGAAAAGACGAUAAAAAGCAUAAAGAUUGCGCAGCAGGCCAAGUUCUACAACUUCACCGUUGAAGAGAUGUGCAAUGUGGUGGAGGGCGAAAAAGACGUGUGGCUCUGCUUGAUCAACCCUCAGCCAAUGGAAGCAUGGAAUGCAAAAGCGCUGGGCGACCUUGCUGUUGGAACAGAAAAAUAUUUGGAAGUAAUUCUCAGAAAUGACCGUGUUCGAGUAGUCAACAAAAAAACUGCAAGCCUUGUGUACAGCAGGCUUUUGUCUCAUUUGUUUUUCAUGAUGGACCGAAGCGUAUACAGCAUCCGCAUACAUGGAGACUUAGCGAGGGCGCCCGUGGCGGUCGACCGAGUUGCAGCAAAGACAGAGGUCUCUUUUGUGAAAAGCAACCCAAACCCCAGCGAGAACAACAUAUUUCUGGUCGCCAAAAGGAAAGGAUACUUGGGGUCGGAGGAGCUUUUGAUAUAUAAGCUGUCAGGCGAGGCAAACGGAAAGCUGAGCAAAAGCGUGCACAAGCGCAUGUACAUUGCAGGCUCCAUAACGGACGUGACUUUUCUGGGGAAAAACAUGGUUAUAUCCUCAAACGACUUUGAGCUUAUAGACCUAGUGGAUCUCACCACGCAGGAGCUGUUAGACCCCUUGGACAAAACAAUUGCGCUUUACGUAGGCAAGCCAGACUCCAGGCCUAUAACCAUGAUGAAGGUGGAGGAAAACCAGUAUCUGGUGGCGUUUGACGAUGUGGGGUUCUAUAUUAAUAGGUACGGGACCCGAAAAAAGGCCAAUGUUGUGUUUCUAUGGCUUAUGCGCAUAGACUACGUUUUUAUUUUUAAAGAGUUUGUUGUUGCUAUAGGAAAGAAGCGAGUUAAAAUAUUCACGCUGCAGGACGGAAUAAUGCGGGGAAUAUUUCCCAUUGCAAACGGAAAGCACUUGAAGCACCCCGACCACAUACUCAUAUACAAUGACACAAACAUUUAUAGAAUAAACUGCCCAUAG